UUUCGGAUUUCUUAUAGAGUAAAAAAAAUUCUUUUUCUAUCGGGAGAUAAAAUUAGGUUGAAGAAGUUCUCUUUGAUUUUUGGAAGCAUUGAAGAAGGAGUGGUGAGAUCAGAAUAUUUUAGGUUUUGAGUGAUAUGUUUGGUAGUUCAGAGGAGGAAAUAUGCGGUGGGUUUAGUGAAGCAAUAGCAAAAUGGAGUUCUUGUGAGCAAGUGGAGAAUGUUAACCCUGGGACAUCACCCCCGUAUUGCGAGACCGAUGAUGAUGCUGAUGAUAAUGAUAAUGGGCCGAAACCAGCUGAGCUAUAUGGAAAAUUCACAUGGAAGAUAGAUAACUUUUCACAGAUUAGCAAACAAGAGCUUCGGAGCAAUGCAUUUGAGGUCAGCGGUCACAAAUGGUAUCUCUUAAUGUACCCCCAAGGAUGUGAUGUCUGCAACCAUCUCUCGCUGUUUCUUUGUGUUGCUAACCAUGAUAAGCUUUUGCCAGGGUGGAGCCACUUUGCUCAGUUCACAAUUGCUGUUAUUAAUAAAGAUCCAAAGAAAUCUAAAUAUUCUGAUACAUUGCACAGGUUCUGGAAGAAGGAGCAUGAUUGGGGUUGGAAAAAGUUUAUGGAGUUAACAAAAGUGAUGGAUGGGUUUAUUGUAAAUGAUACUCUUGUUAUAAAGGCUCAAGUUCAAGUUAUUAGGGAGAAAAAGGACUGUCUUUUUCGUUGCUUGGAUCUUCAGUAUAGGAGAGAACUCGCUGGUGUAUAUCGAACAAAUGUAGAGCAAAUUUGCGGGAGAUUUCUUGAAGAAAAACAAAAGAAAUUUGGGGACUUGCUUGGGGACAGUGCAAAGUGGUCAAGCUUCUGUGCUUUUUGGUUGGGUGUUGACCAAAAUGUAAGACGUCGUAUGUCCAGAGAGAAAACAGAUGUGAUUUUCAAAGUAGUUGUUAAGCAGUUUUUUGUAGAGAAAGAAGUCACAUCCACUUUGGUAAUGGAGUCUCUCUAUAAUGGUUUAAAGGCUCUUGAACUGCAUAGUAAGAGUAAUGAAGCUGGAGAAAAGGUAAUGGACGCUGUGGAAUCACCAGUUCCUAUAGUCUGCGUUGCAGAUGGCAUGUUUACCCUAGUGGAUGAUGUGUUGUUACUUCUUGAGAGAGCUGCGCUCGAGGCUUUGCCCCCGAAGGAGGAAAAGGAUGGAACCUAUGCUGACAUUAAGCGUGAAGAGAGCAGGCUGGCGGAACUAGGUCGUAGGACUGUGGAAAUUAUUGCUUUAACUCAUAUAUUCAGUAAUAGAAUUGAAGUGGCAUAUCAAGAGGCUGUUGCUCUGAAGAGGCAAGAGGAGCUCAUUCGUGAGGAAGAGGAGAUUUGGCUAGCUGAGAGCCAACAAAAAGUAAAUGGUGGAGCUGCUGACAAGAAAAAGCGUGCUAAGAAAAAACCGAGCAAACCGAAGCAUAGCAGUGGCAAAGGAAAAGACAAGCGGGGGAACGGGAACCUGGAUGUGUUGUUACAAGACAAGAUGCAGAGUGAGAUCACUUUACACAGUGCCAUUGACGGCUUGUCCCUAAACCAGGCACCCUCCAUCCUUGAAAAGCCUGACACGUCCGGAGCUGUGCAGAUGUAGAAAAAACAGUGGAUGUUGCCAAAACCCUACAAGCUGAUUACUUUUUGUUUUUUAUUUUUUUGAUGAACAAUCGAUCACAUUCCAUCCAAUCCAAAAAGGUGCAUAUUAAUUACCGACACCAAGAAUGUUGUUGGAGUCUUGGAGAAGACUUUGACUAUUUUCUAUUUUUUCUCUAUUUCAUUUGGUCUCUGCAUUUUUGUAGAGUUUCCUUUUGAUU